AUGUCUUCCGCGGCCGCCCCCCCGCAGUCGCGCCCUUCGUCCGUGCCCUCCAGGCCGCGGCAGCAGCGAUGGGACAGUUCGGACGACCACCACAAGACGGGCGUCACGGUUACGCUGCCAACGAUCCAGGUGACGGAAGCGAAGCAGCCGCAGGCCACGACGGGCACGGGCGGCCUGGAAGUUCUCCCAACGGAACUCAUAGACACGAGCGGACUCCCGAAGCCCUUAGAGGAGGAUACCCACGCCCCGAACGCCUCCUUGCUCUCGCCGCCCGGAGAGAUCCCGACGUCGUUCCUGCCGGCGUUGUCAGGACCCUCGAAGUCCCACGCGCCAGGAGCAGAUUUGAAACUCCCGCCCUUGGUAGAAGCUCCCGUCGUGCCACCCCGGACCCUCGACGACGCCAUCGAACUCGUCAGCAAAUGCAACAUGAUGCUGUACCUCACCCUCAAGCACCCGCCCUCUGAGCUCGAGUACAACCCCUACAGCUUCAACUUCAAGGAAGUGGAAGACGUAAGCACAAUCUUUAAGGAAGGUAAGUGGAGAGAUUCUUCUGAAAGCGUCGUCAGUGGGCGGCCGAAGGGGCUGCGGGAGUACGCCAUCCUCAGCAACGCGGGCGUGACCCAAGUGUGGCCUACUGAAGUCACGUUCACGCCCAUAGAUGCCUUUCAAAGGGAGUUCCAACUGUACAACAAACUGCGAAAGAUCCGGUUCUUCCGCGUGUUCCGCCUCCGGAAGACGUGGCAGGUGUGGAGGAAGAUCGUGCGGUCGAGGAAGCUUCGGGAGGCGAAGGCGCGGAUCACGGCGUACCUGGUGAUCCUCCAGCCGCCCUUCUUCGGCACCCUGGCCAACGUCGCCGCCCUCUGCCACAAGCUCUCGCACAUGGGCCUGCUGGAGGUGGCUCUGGAGGACCCUGUGGUGACGGACGCCUGGGUGAGCGACGUCCAGGGAGCGCUUGAGAGUGUGAGGACCCGGUUGCACGCCUUCAGGUCGCUCCUUCUGCAGGUGGUGGCCAGCAUGGUGCAUACCGACGAGCCUGCAGGCGACGGCGACGUGACCACACUGAAAGAGGACUUCCUGAUUAUGGUAUCGUUCUUAUUUUUGAUUUACUAUAACGAAAGGAUACAACAGUCCAGGACUCUUUCAGGAUCGGAAUUACUGAGCGGGGAGAAGAAAUCACCGCGAAGUAAUACAGGUUCGUCCUCCAUGCCUCGACGCCAUUCUUCGGCUUCGAUCGUCAAAAUGGUACGCGUGGUAGACCUCAUGGUGGCUUCGGCGCUGAGGACGAUCCUUCACAAUACUGUCAAGAGUCUACUGGAUACCAUCGUCACAAGGUCGACUGUCAAGGAGAAGGAACAAGCGGAUGAGGAGGCCGAGGAGGAAAUCGGCGCAAUGUUUUUGGUAAAAGUGAGCGUGGAAGAGAACGUUAUCGUGUGCACGCCCACGCAAGAGGCGCUGAUGGGCGGCUUGAGGACUGUCGUGCGCAUGUGCGAAAUGACAGUAUUGUCUAUCCAGCCGCUCCUCCCUUACUUCACACCCCAUGAUAGGCUCUCUGCAGUUGCAUCGGACGAGAAUACGGUCCUUCGCACGAUGCUGGAGGACGACUCUCUCUUGAAGGAGUCCAUCGGGAAGGUCCUCAGCCUCGUGGAGGACAAGUGGCAGAAGGUGGAGGCCGAGGUGAAUCCCUUAGACGACCUACUGAAGGAGGCACAGACGCCGCCGAGAGAAGAGGGCAUCCAGGACCAAGAUAUGAAUGAACUUGGAUCGUGGCUGGGGCGUGUGGAGGGACUGGUAGAGACCGUGAGAAGCAUCAGGGAAGUGGUGAAUCUCGGCCUCCUGCAGGUGGACCAGACCGCCGCCAGGAGGGUCCUCGUCACGUCCCUCCGUCAGCAGCAGCAGCGGAUGCACCAGGAUGUCAGCCAAGGUUUCGACCAGCGCGUGAAAAAGUUACAGGCGGAGGCAACAGAUAAAUGGCUUGGCCUGGAGAUGGCCCCCGUCACGGCCCAGCAGGUGGUCACACUCUUGAAUUACGUCACAGAGGUCAAGAAAGAGAUGGAAAGAGUGAACGGAGAAGAGAGUGUGAUCCAACAGGCCUACGCCAUGAUCCAGGGCUACCACAUCACGCUGCAUCCAGAGGUACACAAUAAAUACGAAGCUCUCCAGAAGGAACUGAAGCGGCUGAGAAAAUGCGUCCGCCGGAGCCUGAUGGAGAGGCCGACGAUGAUUCGCAAACUGAACCAACUCCUGCAGAAGGAAAUCGAGGAGCUGGACGCAGAGACGGUCAAGUUAUCUGAGCAAGUUCAAGUUCAAAAAAUAUGA